UCUCCUGAAGCACUGUUGAGACGGUAACAACAACAAUGAAACAACUGUAUCGAAUAACAAAUUUUCUCCUAAUUUCUUUCCUUAUUUUUCACAGAAAUUUCGUGUUAUCAGAAAAAUAUGAAUCACCAUACGUCAACAUUUUUUCUUUAGGCUUCGAACAAUAUUUAAAGAAUUUUCACCUCUUCUACAACAAAACUUUGACUGAAAUGACUCGAAUUUUGUCCACUCCUCAGAUCCCUGAAAGGUACUGGGAUGGCUUAGUUCAUCCACCAGAUGGCAUGCUGAACAAAGAUAAAAUCCUUGGCUUUUCAUGGGCUAACUGUGGUUCACCCGACGAUCCAGUCCAAGUAAAAUCAUUAUCUAUUUCGCCGGAUCCCAUCCGAGUUCCUGGUGUCUUAACUGUUGGAUUUGACAUCCUUACGCUUCUGAACAUAACGUCACCUCAGGUUGAUCUUGUUCUACAGAAGAAGGUUUUAUUUUUCUGGAUUAAGGUACCUUGUCUGAACGGUUUUGGUUCCUGCUCCUACCCAGACGCAUGCACAUUAAUUCCCAAGCCUUGUCCGGAAGAAAUUAAGAAAAGAAAACUACCUUGUGACUGUCCCGUGACAAAAGUAGGUACAGCUGUCUGAAAGAACGGUUCUAUUGGCUUUAAUGGACUGCACCAGUUUGUGUAUCGAAUGGGAUGAAGAAGGCCUCUGUAUAGACAGCGAAAC